AUGCGUUGGCUUACUUAUUCUUCUACCGCUCUGUUGGUAUAUGCUGCCAAAGUAGCAGCUGACUGUCAGUCAUGGGGCUAUGACUUCGUACAUGAGGGGGGACCAUACUGUAUCAACACGACUGACACGGACUUUUUCUCCUUUGGCACAAUCUUUGAAGGUUGUACGCCUACAGAUAUCCAGGACUCGGUGACCCCAAUCUUGAUUGCCCCCAAUAGCGACGAAUACUUCUGUUCGGAUGUUGCGACCAAUCCAGAUGGAGUUAAUAUUGUCUCAACUUGUAAUGUGCCCGGCGAUGAGCUGCGAAAAUCUUCCAUGUGGUCAGGAAAUUGGAUUGUGAUUAUCGAGGGUUUGACAUUUGCAUGGAUGAGGUCUUUGGAUAUCAUUGCUGGCCCGCCCGCAACAGUCACCAAUACUGCUACUGUUACUUUCUCCGUGACGCAGACGCCUUCGACAACGGUAACAACGACAUUCACCACCGGCUUUACAACGACCUUGACUCCGGCGACAGUGACAGUCCCAUCGACAACGUCCACCCGGACCAUCACAGUGCGGCCAACGCAGGUCACAGUCACUGUGACGACGACGUCUACACGGACUCGAACGGACAAGAUAUACUCCAAAACGGCAACGACAACCACUGUAACGACAUCGUGCCGACCGCAACUUCCGAAAAGAGACCCCACCUGCACUCUGCGUCCCACAAAGGCGUCCCUUGCAGCUGCCACGGUCAUUGAAACUGCGCUCGCACGUGUCCGACGUAUCGACAAAACCAUUUUUGGGUCUCGCAGAUUCCAUGGAAUUUCGCCUCGUCGAGUCGAUGGUGGCUUGGCUAAGCGAGCUCAAGGGCCCGGUAGUGCUACAUUCACCGGGUUACAGGAAUUCAGACGGCUAACGGGUCCAGAUCAAUGCACCACCACCGUCUUAGAUACCGAAACAGUGGUUACGUCGAUGGUGACAUACACGGCGCCAACAAGCACGGAGCUGGUGAGCGAAACAACAUCAACAACAGUAACCAUUACACCCCCUCCAGUUACGGCAUAUUCAGGAAAGGCAAAGGUAACAACGACCGUUACUGCAAGUACUCCAACUCGGACAAGAGUUGUUCGAGUCUACACAACGUCAUGGACAACCACGACAAUCUGGGCAACAAUCACUUCGACCAUCACAACUCAUUCACCUGGUGUUGUGUGUGCUACUUCGCGGGCUUGA